UUCGAACAUGGCCGCGGCCGCCGCCGCCUCCUCCCGGCGCCGCCGCCGCCCCCGCGGCCACCCCAACCCGCUGUUCGCCCGCUGGCUGCGCGAGUGGCGGGACGAGGCGCAGGGCACCUGGGCCAGGGGCACCUACGAGAGGGCCCUGCGCUCUCUCUCCCGGUUCCCGCUCCCGCUCCGUUCCGGCCGCGCCGCCGCCAUCUUGCAGCACUUUGGCCCCGCCCUCUGUGCCCGCCUCGACCAACGGCUGAGCCAGCACCGCCGGGAACAGGGACUCCCUGCCACGCCCCCUCGGCAGGGGCGGUGCCCAGACCCUCCCCCAGCCCCGCCCACGCGCCGCCCCCGCCAGUCCCAGCCCCUCCCCCGCUCCCGAGGCCACGCCCUCUUGCUGGUCCUGAGCCAGAGCCCGGAGCCCCUCCCAGAGGCGGAGCUUCUGCAGCAGGCCCAGCCCCUCUGUGACCACGCCCUGACCCUGCGGCUCUGGGUCCCCUCCUGCGUCGGGGGCUCGUGCAGAGGAGCGGCCGCCCCCCCAGGUACGCGCUGACCCCGCGGGGGCGGAGCCUCGUCGAGGCCCCGCCCCCCGGCCAGGCGUUCCCGCAGCGCCCCCUGGUGGAGCAGGACGAGAACUGCGCCCCCUCCCCCCCGGCGUGCGACCCCGAGCAGGAGUUUGAGCUCAGACCCGGCGAGUUCGAGAUCGUGCUGUGCGCCGACGUCACCGAGGCCAACGG